AUGAAAGCCAGUCCUUGUAAUCAGUCAACAUUAACAUCUAUAAUGCCUCCGUUAAAUGAAGAAGUUAUUCAUGAUCAAGAAGACGGUAGCAGUACUACGUGCAAUCUUUUACAGCAAAUCAACACUUACGGAAAUUAUAACAAAAUAAUCAAUAGUAGCAAUACAAACAUUAAUCCAGUGACGAUAAAUGUAGAUAAUCAACAGUUUUUAUCGUCAAAAUUAGGUGAACAUCGUUUGGUACAUUUCUCAUUGAAAAUCAAUAAAUAUUUGAUUUUUCAAGAGAAAUCAUCCAACAGAUCUUCGCGAACAAUAUGA